AUGGCAACAACGGGUUCCGCAAGCGCCGUCAAACAUAACCAUGUGGAAAACGUCUCUCCAAAUGAAUGGGAGGACGAGGCAGUUUCGGAACAACCAGGAGCUGCACCCGUAGACAGCCAAAACGGCGAACAGCCGAGGAUGGCUAAGAAUUUGCGCAAUGCAGCAGCAGCACUGCGCUCGUCCUUCUCCGGAAUGCGCCCGAGCUCAGCAUUAGGUCCAAAAGUAUCCUCUUCUGGCCGGCGGGACUCUGCAACGGGCUUUGUCGGGUCGCUGCUGCAAGGGCUGGCGAAUGCGGUCGGAUUGCACCGCGAAAACUCCACCCCGCACGAGUCAAGCGCUAUGGACCUUAGCGUAACUCGCAGCAAGCACAGCAGCCAGACUCCCACGCUCGCCCGCCUUAGCAGCGCCGCCAUGAUGCGUGCGGAGAUUCAAAACCUGGGCCAGUUUGGUGAUUUACGGAACGACAGCUUCACCUCGCGGUCAUGUGCCAAAAUCCGCCGGCGCUCCUCCAUGCUCCUGCCCGGGGCGUCGGACGCCGGCAUAAGCGCCGCCACACACCAGGGAGGCGCCGGCCCCCAUCCCCCUCCCCCUCCCCCGGGUUUUCUGACGUUGAACUCCGGAGACCUGGGAAGGCGCUCUGUUCCCCUCAUGCCGUACAUCACGUCCCCACGACUCACCUGUCCUGGGGAGCUGCCGUCUCCACGUGCAACAUCCCCCCCCUCCGCCGUGCCGUACCCGCACAACAUUGCUGCCGCCGCCGUGACGGCGGCGGCGCUGCCGGUGCCGCCGGAGCUGGCGCGGGAGCACCUGGCGAAGGCCGCGGCUGUGGCGGCGGCAGCAGCGGUAUCGACGCAGCGCGACGCAACUGACGGCAGCGCCGCCGCUGCUGGCGGCGGCGCCGGCAGCGGCGUACGCAUGCGGCGCUUUUCUUAUGGCGGGCCUCCAGUACGAGGCGGAUCCCUUACAGUUGACAUUCCGUUGCUGCCGUCGGCGAUGUCGCCGCAUCCGCCAUUGCACCCGCCGCCGCAGACGCGCCCUAGCGGCAGCAGCCUGUCGCCCCUCCCCUCCCGGUCCACAAGUACGGAUCACUUGCCGCCGAUGACGCCGCUGGGCAGUGCCGCUGCUGGCGCCGGCGUCGGCGGCCUGCAGAGCGUACGAGACCGUCCGCCGACCCCCCGCGGCGGCACAUCUUCAUCUGGUUCCCCGACGUCGGCUCUGGCCAAGGUCCUCGGGUCGUUCCACCUCCCGGACAUCCUUCAUGCCGGUUCCGGAAGUCGUCGUAACUCCGUCUGUAGCGGGCCGUCCGUUACCGGGCCCGGCGGCGCCGCUAUCUCGGCGUCCCUCGCUAAGCGCGCCGCCGCCGCCGCUGCCGUGGUUGAGGCGCCGGUGAGCGGCAGCGGGGGAAGCGGCGGUGGCGGCGGCGGCGGCGGCAACUGUCAGCCAUUGGUGGCGCCGUCAGGGUCUUCGUGGACAAGCCUGUCGCGGCCGUCGGCGCCGGCGCUUACUGGAUCGUACACCAAGACGUCUGGCGGCAUUCUACAGGACUUUAACAGUUCCCUGGAGUUGGAUGAUGACGGCGCACUAGCAGCCGUUGACGCGGAGUUUGACCGUCGCUUCAGACAGCCGGCGCCGGACGUGCCCGGCACCAUCGACGGCGCGCUGACACCGCAGCGCCCAGUGCCGCAGCCACCACCGCCACAGCAACCUCCACUCCACCCCCCACAGCCCCUUAGUCUUCCGCAGCUAGCGCAACAGUCGCCCUUCUUGUCGCAGACGCCAUCGCAGCCACACCCAGAAAUCACACCCCGCGCACCGGCUUUUGAACGUACGACACCUCACGGGGGUCCCCGGCGGACAUUUGCCACGGCCGAUAGCGGAGGCGGGGAUGGCGGAGGCGGUGGCGGUGGCGGAGGCGGUGGCGGUGGCGGUGGUGGCCCGCACAUCUUCCAAGCACCUGCCAGACGGGCUUCAUGCUCGGCCACUUUGACGCUGGACGCGCCGGAGGACAUCUACGCCGACCAGAAUCUUUUGUCGUCGCCAGAUGCCGUACAGGCGUGCGAACGCAGCUCCAAUAAGAUGCGUCUGGCAAGCAUCCGUUUGUCGUACGCGGAAGGCAUCGUUGGCGGCGGCGGGGCCGGUGGCGGCGGUGGUCCGCGACCGUCCCUGGACCCCCCGCCGCCGGCGGCGGCGUCGGCACGCGGCACGUCGGCGGCUCGGGUUCCGCAGCCACCACCGGGGGGGGGUCUGGCGCCGGCGGCGAUGGCCCGACCGGGGCCCCCCACCCAUCCCGAGACGGAGGCCACGGCGCCGGCUGUUGGCGCUGCUCUAUAA